AUGGCUCCGCCUCACAGCCUCCCCCUGCACUCCUCACGCGGCUUCUCCAUCUUUGCAGCCUCCGGCCUCUCCGCUACGUUAUCCGCCGCGUGCUGCGUGCUGCUUCUCGCCUCCGCCUCCUCCGCCGCCUCCGCCGCCAACCCCGCGUCGUUCCUACUACCGUCCGCCCGGUUCGCCCUUUCAUCUUUUCACCAGCCGGAAUCACGCGACGAUGAGCCACCAUCGUCAAAUCACGGCUCGGCCGACUUCCCUAGUACCGCCUGGUCGCUGCUACACCCGUUUCUCGACCUUGACAAUUCAGACGCUCUUGGCGGCGACUUGUCACGAGCAGAACAGUCGCACGCGACACGCUCCCCGUCGCAUCGCCUGCUCGUCGCACAGCAGCAACCCAGCAUCGCCGCCGCGGGCGUCGCGACGGUUGCUCGCGUCAACCCGCCUUCGCCGCCGCCUCCGCCGCCGCCGCCAGCGCCGCCGCUGCGCGAGGUGGAGCUCGACCCGUGCGCGCUGCAGGCGCUCCUUCCGCAGCUCUUUCCGCCCGCCCUCCUCGACCCCGCCUGCUUCAACCACCUCUCUCUGCACUCCGCGCAGCCCUCCCACCCGCUCGACUCCCCCCCGCACGCCAGCGCGUCCACUCCGUUGAGCGACAGCGACAGCGGCAGCGGCGGUGGCGGGGGGGACGAGCCUGAGACGGCGACGCGGGGCGAUCUGCUGGACGUGGCGCGCAACAAGUGGCGCGCCAGCACCGUGUGGGCGCCGCUGGAGGCGGAGGGCAGCGCGGAAGGCGCGGGGGGAACGGGGGGAGCGGGGGUAGCGAGGGUAGCGGGGGUGAUGGGAGGAACGGGGGUCCCGGGAGGAGCGGAGCCGGCGGCGGCGGCGGCGGCGGCGGCGGCGGCGGCGGCGUCGACUCUCACCCCCCCGAAUGAAGUGAUCACCGUGUGCCGCUCCGCUGGUAGAGCUCGCAUGGUGACUGCCGAUGGGUUGAGAUGGGCGGAGAAGGUUCGGUUAUUUUUCCCCCUCUCCGUUCCCGUUUUCCCCUUCCCCACUCCCGUCUUCCCCCUCCCCACUCCCGUUUGCCUGCAUGGCCAUCAUCCUCCCCCCUCACUCCCCCUCUCUCCCUCAUCGCCACCCCCAGCCAGCAUGACCUUCACUGUUGACCGCAACUGUGCCCUUACCUCCCCCUCCCGUCUCUCGCUCUCUUCCUUCCUUCCGCCCUCCCCUCGCUCCCCUGCCUCGCCAGGCCCAGCCAUCAUCACCAUCAGUCCAGACGUCAUAUGUGAACAGACGACUCCAGGUCCAGGCUUGCAUGACCCCUCCCCACCCCCUCACCCCAUCCCACUCCCUUUUUCCCCUCUCUCCCCCUUUCCCCUCUCUCCCCCUUUCUCCUCUCCCCCCUCCUCCCCGUCUCCGUCUGCCAGGCCCAGCCAGCAUCACCAUCAGUCCGGAUCUCAGUGGGCAGACCUGGAGAGGCUGGGGCACGUCGUUGGCGUGGUGACCCCCCCUGCCCUCUCCCUGCCUCCUCCCUGCCCUCUCCCUGCCCUCUCCCUGCCCUCUCCCUGCCUCCUCCCUGCCCUCUCCCUGCCCUUCCCCUGCCCUCCCUCUGCCCUCCCCCUGCCCUACCCCUGCCCCUCCCCAUCCCCCAGGACUGCCAACUACAUUGGCAAGCUACCGGACGACCAGCUGACCACGCUGCUGGACCUGCUCUUCUCACCGUCCACGGGAAUCGGGUUCAACCUCGCUCGCUACCUGCUGGGCGCCAGCUUCAACGCCACCAACAGCCCGCAGCUCACCAAAGACACCUUUCACCAGGUCAACCUCCCCGGCUACAAGCCAACCGAGGCCGGCCCGUACGACUGGGCGGCGGACUGGCGGCAGCGGAAAGUGUUAAAAGGAGCGAUGGAGCGCGGUGUAGAUGAGGUAGAGGCGAUUGCGUACUCUCCGCCCUGGUGGAUGACCAUCAGUGGGGACACCGCGGGGAAUGUGGGCGGAGCGUCGAACCUCUCACCAGAUAGGUACGGUGAGUUUGCCGAGUAUCUAGCGACCAUAGUGGACUAUUUCCGGCGGGAGUGGAACGUGACGUUCAGCACGAUGAAUCCGGCGAAUGAGCCGCUGGAAGGGUGGUGGCAGCAGGGGGGGAAGCACGAGGGGUGCACGUUUACCGCGGCUCAGCUGGAGCGGCUUUGCACGGCCGUGGCGCGCGCGCUGCAGCGGAAGAAGCUGCCGACGCAGGUUGCGGGGUUUGAUAGCUUCGUCGGGUUCACGGUGCGGAACGCAAAGACAUGGACCGGGCAGCUGCUAUCCAGCCUGAAAAGGAUCUCCGUGCAUGGGUAUGUCCCCCCGCCGCCCACCACAACGGAUGCCAGGGAGUUUAUAGAGCAGCUCUAUGUGUGGUUGGCGCGGGUGGGGAUGGGCGUGGGGAAGGAGGUGUGGGUGUCGGAGAUCGGCCCGAUGUGGGCGGGAGGGGAGGACACCGACGUGGGGUUGUUCAUGAUGCGAUCGGCGAUCCAAGCGAUCAACAUCAUGGGUGCUUCGGCGUGGAUUUACUGGCAGCCGAUCACUCCGGACCUCCCUACAAACCCUAAUUCGUUCCGGUGGGGGCUGCUUACGAUAAAGCACAACGGUGUUUCGGACCCUACGGUCAUUCCGCUGGAAAUGACGUUUUCAAAAAAGUUUUACAUGAUGAAGCAGAUGGCCCGGGCGUCGCCGCGAGGGAGCGUGCCGCUGAGAAUAGACACGAGCGACGGGUGCCACCACUGCAUUGCGUCGUUCUUCAACCCCGAUAAGAACUUCAUCUCUAUCUAUAUAGUGAACCAGGAUGGUGGGGACUACAGUAUUUCAUUCAAAUUCGAGUUUUUUGGGCUGAUGGACGGGGCAAGCCCGUGUGUGGUGGAGGUGCAACGGACGUCUGAAAGCGAGGAUGCAGAGGUGGUUUCCACCGAUAGUCUCACUGAAAUGCCGCAGACUCUGCCUGUGACCGCAUUAGGCAGAAGCAUCACUACUAUAAUGAUAUCCAAUGUUGUAUGGUUGUAG